CACACACACACACACACGCACGCAGCUCGAUAAACCUCUUCGUGACUCGAGCCUCAGUCUUGAGUCUGAGUCAGAGUGUCUCUCGCACAUCUGACCUCGAUACACACUCCACGCACUCGCGAGACACUCGCGUGCGACUCAGCAGUCCGGCGAUCGUGUCCUCCAAUCGACGUUGACGAGUGAAUCUAAAGCAGCCACAUCUUCCAAGGGAACACGCAGACGUACGAGUCAAGGCCAGACGAUCACGGACCAGAGUAGGCCUACUGCGCGCAUGGUUGCGAGGAUCACUGCCAGCUUUUACCCUCGGCUGUUCUCUUCUCCAUCACGACUGAAACGUACUCUUGCAGUACACCCUUCGUCUUCUUCGACUCGAUCGCUGCAUCAGUUCAGCAGAACGCAUACAACCGCUUGCGCAUCCAACAUGACGACCGCAGCUGCGACCUCUGCGGGCGCUUACGCUUCUGGCUCCGCUGCGCGCAAUGUCCAACCCCCUUGGACCCGACCUGACCCUCAAGGAAACGAUGCAGCCCCAGAGCUGCAUGUCUACAACUCGUUGACUCGGACCAAAGUGCCCUUUGUUCCCAUGAAAGGAAAGACUGUUACGUGGUACAAUUGUGGUCCUACUGUCUACGAUGCCAGUCACAUGGGACACGCCAGAAAUUACGUCUCACAAGAUAUCAUUCGUAGGCUGCUGAGGGAUUACUUUGGUUACGACGUCAUCUUGGUUCAGAACGUCACGGACAUCGAUGAUAAGAUUAUAGUCCGAGCUCGACAAGUGCACCUUCUAUCCGAACUUCAGAAGCAGCAUGCCAGUGGCCUGACAAAGGAGCUGCUGGAACAGGUUCAAGAAGCUUGGAGAGUGUUUUUUGAGAAGACUUUGAAGAGGUUUGCUCCUCCCCCGGCCCCUCAGGAUAACGAGCUGGGAGGUGCGGCUUUGAUAGAGGCUAUGUGGGAGGAGGUUUCGAGGCUGUACAAAGAUGAGCAGUGGAGAAGGGAGAACACAGAAAAGGAGCCGAAGCUCGGCAUGUGGUUUGCUGCUCUCGAUUCAUCGCGACAAGCUCAAGUAGCAGCAGCCAUGUCGCUCGCUGCAACACCGACCACCGAGGAGCUGUCCAAGCAGCUCAUCGACGCCUCCGCAGACGUCCUUUCACCCUGGUUGGACGCAGCCAAGGGCGCUAGCGUUUCAGAUCACAGCAUCUUCCGGUCCUUGGCCGAGUACUGGGAAGGUCGCUUCUACGAGGACAUGACGCGGCUGCAUGUCGAGAAGCCCACGCUCGUGACCAGGGUGACCGAGUAUGUACCUCGAAUCGUCGACUUUGUCAAGCGAAUCGUGGAUAAUGGGUACGCUUAUGCGGACUCUAGUCCGGGAGAGGGAAAGAGCAACGUCUGGUUCGAUACUAGGGCUUUCGAUGGGGCUCCUUCUAAAGCGGCGAAUGCUGCGCCAGAAGCGAAGAAACAUCAUUACGCUAAAUUGGCACCCUGGAGCAAGGGCGAUAAGGCCUUACUGGAAGAGGGCGAAGGCUCGCUGUCUACUGGCGCUUCGACAGUCUCUGGCAAGAGGACGCCGUCUGACUUUGCGCUUUGGAAGAGCUCUAAACCGGGCGAGCCAGCUUGGCCUUCCCCAUGGGGCUCGGGUAGACCGGGAUGGCACAUUGAGUGCUCAGUGAUGGCUACCGAAGUGCUCGGCACCCAGAUCGACAUUCACUCGGGCGGCGUUGAUCUCAUGUUCCCGCACCACGACAACGAGCUGGCGCAGAGCGAGGCCCACAGCGGCUGUGGUCAAUGGAUCAAUUACUUCUUGCACACGGGUCACUUGCACAUCGAGGGCUUGAAAAUGUCCAAAUCCCUCAAAAAUUUCAUCUCCAUUGACGAAGCUUUGGAAAAGUACACUCCCAGAAGGCUCAGGCUUGCUUUCUUGCUGCAACUUUGGAGCUCAAAAAUGGACUUUAGGGAAAGUGCCAUGGCAGAAGUGAAGAAUGCGGAGACCACUUUCAACAACUUCUUUGCGACUGUCAGGUCUCAUGUUCGUGAAGCCCGGUCCCGGGGUCUAGCCUACUCGGACGGUACAGCACACUUCUCCCAGGCAGAAGCAGACCUUCUCACCUCGCUCGUUGCGGCGCAACAAAACUUUAGAAGAGCCAUGUGCGACUCGUUCGAUACUCCGAGCGGUAUCAACAUCUUGUUGGAGCUUGUUUCCAAGGCCAAUGUGUACGAAAGAAGCGCAAAGCCGCAGAAUUUCAACGUCGAGAUCUUGGAGAGCGUCGCACGAUGGGUCAGCGAUGUGCUGCUCGUGUUUGGUCUGGGUGAAGGCCCGAGGAGAGAGGGACAAAUCGGCUGGGGAGAGUCUCCCGAACCGGGAGCUGCCGAUGGGCUCCACUCGAGCGAGGACCGCGAGGAGAUCCUCAUGCCAUAUCUCAAAGCUCUAUCCGGCUUCAGAGACUCGAUCCGAAAGCUUGCGCGAGAAGACGCUCCAAGCGCCGAGCUGCUCAAGUUGGCAGAUCAGCUUCGUGAUGUAGACAUGGUAGAUCUUGGCGUGGCGAUGGAAGACACAGAGUCUGGUCAAGCUAUGUUGAAACUCGUGCCUGCUGCGCAAUUGCAAGCUACCAGAGCGGAAAAGGAACAAGCGGCCAAGGAUAAAGUGGCACGAAAGGCAGAAGCUGCGGAAAAAGCCAAGGCUGCUAGGAUCGAAAAGCUGCAAAAGGGCAGCAUAGCUCCGGAAUUGCUCUUCAGACGAUCUUCUGGUGCUCCUGUCGAAGAGUCGGAGUACGCGCAAUUCGACGACAAGGGCAUCCCUACUCAUGACAAGGAAGGCAAGGAACUCGCCAAGAAGCGCAGAAAGAAUUUGGAAAAGGAACACGAAAAGCAGAUCAAGCUGCACGAAGAGUAUCUUGCAGCAAAGCAAGCGGGCGAAAUUUGAGCUGCGUACGAAGCUUCAAACUCUGCAAACAAUGCAUGUACUUUUGUCCCCUCGAGCCCCUCGUCGCGCAGCUCAACGGCCCACAGCGGGUCAAUCUUUGACUUGGUAUAUUGCUCAGAAUGAGGCCUGCAGAGCUGUCGCUAUUUAGGUCUCGUUCGCGUCUGAACGGUAAGGUCGAUCGGCAGCUGAUGCGGGCAAGGCUUCGGGAAUGCCCCUUUGCUUGUCGGGAUUCAACAAGUCGGCCACCGUCCUCUGGAAGGUCAUCCAUUCAUCUUCGCGCGGUUGGGCCAGCGUGCCAACAUCGGCGAUGUAGAUCCUACCAUCGAUGCCUCCC